AACAGCUGGCUUUUGUUUACAUUUUUUCAUAUCUUUUGCAACAAAAAUUGUACAAUUUAUAGGGCGUUUUUUAAUAGUUUUAACAUCUAACAUUGUAAAUACCUAUUUAUGUAAUAAAUUCUAUAAUUUUUACUAAACUAACUCGGGUUAAAUUCAUUUAUACCUAAUCCCUUCCAAAAUUGGUUAUUUAAAUAAAAUAUCCAUGUUUUAAAAGUCUCUCAUAUUGCUGUUAUGAUGUUUGCUAAAGUUACAACCCGUCUAACAACCUAUUUUCCGGAAUGUUGUCGAGCUGCUGGAAUAAUGGCUGCCGGAGAUGUUUUAGCUCAAACUGUGGUGGAGAAAAAGGAUGUGAAUAACCUUGAUUAUGUACGUACCUUAAAAUACAGCUCCUUGGGUUUUGUUUUCGUCGGACCAGUACUAAAAUACUGGUUUGGUCUGUUGGAUCGUGCCAUAACAUCAAAACAAAAUCGUUUACUGCGCAGUACAAAGAAAAUGUUGAUAGAUCAAGCUAUUAUGGCUCCAGCUUUAAAUUUAGCCAUUACCGGGUUAGUGGGAGUGAUAAAUGAGGAAAGUAGUGAUACCAUAAAGGAACGUAUAAAAGUACAAUAUCCUGCUAUAAUGAAGGAAAACUAUAUUUGGCCAGCUAUACAAAUGCUUAAUUUCAGUAUUGUGCCUUUAAAAUAUCAAGUGGUAUUUGUGCAACUAAUAGCGGUGAUAUGGAAUUGUUUUGUUUCGCAAAUGUUAAAUGAGGAAAUUGCAGUUAAACAAUGAUUUUUCUUUUUUAAUACCAAAAGGUAAACAAAACGAAAACGUGCAAUACCGGCAAAACAUAAACAGCUGGUAUUUGUUUACAUUUUGUUUAAGGCGAAAUCAUUUCAAAAUAAUUUGACUUUCAAACAUUUUCUUGUAUAAAUUGUAUCAUAUUAAUGUCCUAUUUAUUUAUUUAAAAUGUUAAAUAGUUAAUUGUUUAAAACUAAUUAUUGUAAAAUCUUAAGUAAUAAAAUUUAAAUAAAAACUAAGGCGAAUUUGACCUUUUGCA